CCUGGAGCCCCGCCUGGCUCUGCUGCUGGGUGCUCGCCGGCUGCCAGGCGGCCUGGGCCCGGGACUCGUCCUCCAGCCACCCGCUUCCUCCUUGCGGGGAGAAAGAUUACCACUUUGAAUAUACGGAAUGUGAUAGCAGUGGCUCCAGGUGGAGAGUGGCCAUUCCGAAUUCUGCAGUGGACUGCUCUGGCCUGCCUGACCCAGUGAGAGGCAAAGAAUGCACUUUCUCCUGUGCUUCUGGAGAGUAUCUAGAGAUGAAGAACCAGGUAUGCAGCAAGUGUGGAGAAGGCACCUACUCCUUGGGCAGUGGCAUCAAAUUUGAUGAAUGGGAUGAACUGCCAGCAGGAUUUUCCAACGUUGCAACAUUCAUGGACACUGUGGUUGGCCCUUCUGACACCAGGCCAGAUGGCUGUAACAACUCCUCUUGGAUCCCUCGUGGAAAUUACAUAGAGUCCAAUCGUGACGACUGCACCGUAUCUUUGAUCUAUGCCGUGCACCUUAAGAAGUCGGGUAAUGUCUUCUUUGAGUACCAGUACGUCGACAACAACAUCUUCUUUGAGUUCUUUAUUCAAAACGAUCAGUGCCAGGAGAUGGAUACCACCAUGGACAAGUGGGUCCGACUCACAGACAAUGGAGAAUGGGGCUCUCAUUCUGUAAUGCUAAAAUCCGGCACAAACAUAUUAUACUGGAGAACUACAGGCAUCCUUAUGGGUUCUAAGGCAGUCAAGCCAGUGUUGGUAAAAAAUAUCACAAUUGAAGGAGUGGCUUACACAUCAGAGUGCUUCCCGUGCAAGCCAGGCACCUUCAGCAACAAGCCAGGUUCGUUCAACUGUCAGGUGUGUCCCAGAAACACCUACUCUGAGAAGGGAGCCAAGGAAUGCAUAAAGUGUGCAGAGGACUCCCAAUUUUCAGAGGAAGGAUCCAGUGAGUGUAUGGAGCGCCCUCCCUGUACCACAAAAGACUAUUUUCAGAUCCACACUCCAUGUGAUGAAGAUGGAAAGACACAGAUAAUGUACAAGUGGAUAGAGCCCAAAAUCUGCCGGGAAGAUCUCAAAGAUGCUAUUAGGUUGCCCCCUUCUGGAGAGAAGAAGGAUUGUCCACCUUGCAACCCUGGAUUUUAUAACAAUGGAUCAUCUUCUUGCCAUCCCUGCCCUCCUGGGACAUUUUCAGAUGGAACAAAGGAAUGUAGACCGUGUCCAGCAGGAACGGAGCCUGCGCUUGGGUUUGAAUAUAAAUGGUGGAAUGUCCUUCCUGGCAACAUGAAAACCUCCUGCUUUAAUGUCGGGAAUUCAAAGUGUGAUGGAAUGAAUGGUUGGGAGGUGGCUGGAGAUCAUAUCAAGAGUGGAGCUGGAGGUUCUGAUAAUGAUUACCUGAUCUUAAACUUGCAUAUCCCAGGAUUUAAACCACCAACAUCUAUGACUGGAGCCAUGGGUUCUGAACUGGGAAGAAUAACAUUUGUCUUUGAGACCCUCUGCUCCGCUGACUGUGUUCUGUACUUCAUGGUGGAUAUUAAUAGAAAAAGUACCAACGUGGUGGAAUCAUGGGGUGGAACCAAAGAAAAACAAGCUUACACCCACAUCAUCUUCAAGAAUGCAACCUUCACAUUUACAUGGGCAUUCCAGAGAACCAAUCAGGGUCAAGAUAAUAGACGGUUCAUCAAUGACAUGGUGAAGAUUUAUUCUAUCACUGCCACUAAUGCAGUUGACGGGGUGGCGUCCUCAUGCCGUGCCUGUGCCCUCGGUUCUGAACAGUCGGGCUCAUCGUGUGUCCCCUGCCCCCCAGGCCACUACAUUGAGAAAGAAACCAACCAGUGCAAGGAGUGUCCACCUGACACCUACCUGUCCGUACGUCAGGUCUAUGGCAAGGAGGCUUGUAUUCCAUGUGGGCCUGGGAGUAGGAGCACUCGGGACCACUCAGUUUGCUAUAGUGACUGCUUUUUCUACCAUGAGAAAGAAAAUCAGAGUUUGCACUAUGACUUCAGCAACCUCAGCAGCGUGGGCUCGUUAAUGAAUGGCCCCAGUUUUACUUCCAAAGGAACAAAAUACUUCCAUUUCUUCAAUAUUAGUUUGUGUGGGCACGAGGGAGAGAAGAUGGCUCUCUGUACCAACAAUAUAACAGACUUUACAGUAAAGGACAUGGUGGCAGGCUCAGAUGAUUACACGAAUCUGGUAGGAGCGUUUGUAUGCCAGUCAACUAUUAUUCCUUCUGAAAGUAAGGGUUUCCGAGCAGCUUUAUCUUCUCAAUCCAUCAUUCUGGCAGACACAUUUUUAGGAGUGACAAUUGAAACCACAUUGCAAGAUAUUAAUAUAAAAGAAGAUAUGUUCCCAGUUCCACGGAGCCAAAUACCAGAUGUGCAUUUCUUUUACAAGUCUUCUACAGCUACAACAUCUUGUGUUAAUGGCCGGUCAACUGCGGUGAAAAUGAGAUGUAAUCCUAAUAAACCAGGCGCUGGAGUGAUUUCAGUCCCCAGCAAGUGUCCAGCAGGCACCUGUGAUGGAUGUACGUUCUACUUCCUGUGGGAGAGUGCUGAAGCUUGCCCUCUCUGCACAGAGCAUGACUUCCAUGAGAUUGAGGGAGCCUGUAAGAGAGGGUUUCAGGAAACCUUAUAUGUGUGGAAUGAACCAAAAUGGUGCAUUAAAGGAAUUUCUUUGCCUGAGAAAAAGUCGUCAACCUGUGAAACAGUUGACUUUUGGCUAAAAGUGGGAGCAGGUGUGGGAGCGUUCACAGCUGUUUUGCUGGUGGCUCUAACUUGCUAUUUCUGGAAGAAGAAUCAGAAACUGGAGUACAAAUAUUCCAAGUUAGUAAUGACAACUAACUCGAAAGAGUGUGAACUCCCAGCUGCAGACAGCUGUGCUAUCAUGGAAGGAGAAGAUAACGAAGAAGACGUUGUGUAUUCCAAUAAGCAGUCACUACUGGGAAAACUCAAAUCCUUGGCAACAAAGGAAAAAGAAGACCAUUUUGAAUCUGUUCAACUGAAGUCCUCAAGAUCUCCAAAUAUAUGAAAAGACUGUGCUGAAGCUUUCAGACUGAUGAACAAAGAAACCCGCUCUCUAGUUUUACAGGACCAUAGUUUAGAGCCUGUCCUCAUACCCAGCACAUUGGUGAUGUUACAAAGGACCAUGCCGCUGAAAAGGGAAGGAGGUUGAAAUGUUUGAUUGCCUUAUCACAUGGUCAAGUAUCUUGCCAAAAAUAGGAAAGCAGAUGGUUUGGGUCUCAACUGAAGAUGAAGCUCAACUCAGGAAGAGAUUUAUCUGUAUAUACACAUAACUGAAAACCAAGGUUAAGCCCACCAGUGCACUGUUGAUGCAUGCCAUAGAAUUAAUGGGAAACUUUCAUUGUUUAUAACUUCUACAUAAAAAGUGUGUUUUGGAGAGCAGAUGUCAGCAUAUGCAUUGUGAAUCCAUCUUUGUCAUUUCUUUGUUUAUAUUUUGGGGAAGAUUUGAAAAAUUUUUAAAGGUAUAGUUAU